AUGGUUCCACGGCUGUCUCGAGGAACUGAAGACUGCCUCAAGUGGAAUAAUUUUAUUGAUUUGGUAAAGCAAUUCUAUGACGCCGACGAGCAGGUUGAGAUUGGCACACACGCGAUUAAGUUCAAGGCAGGCGAGCACCCUUCACUGCCUGUCGAAGGACACAAAUUCUUGCGAUUUAGUUCAAAGGUUUCUGGAAGGAUUGCAAGGGAGACUGGGGUCGAAGCCUUUAUCCAGAAGGUCACAAUUAUGGCGAAAGCUUCGUUCGGCGCUCGCAUUCAGUUCUGGGAUGAGAGUGAUGACCAACUUGGCUUUUAUGACUGGACAAGCGUCCAUGCCUCGAUCAAGUCGUACAUGCAAGUAAGAAAUGCCUUUGCUCCACCUCUCUUCUCUUCUUCUGAUCUGUCAGGGUACUUCCAAGCCAGAGUUCCCGCUGUCCGAUGGUAUCAUAAGUGCCCAAUGCGCCAAAGGUACAGACUUGUACGAGGUGGGCUCGUAGCUAAAGUCAACAUUCCGAAGGGUAUGCGAAUCCUUUGCGAGAAACCCCUUCUCAUCGUCGCGAGCAUGCCACCACAUCUGGUUCACGACACGGUCGCCAGGAAGCUUAAAACAUUGUCCAAGAAUGAGCAACGGCAACUUCUCUCUUUGCACAACAAUUUUCCAGGCCAGUACGCCUUUGAUGGUAUCGUUAGGACCAAUGCACUCCCUUGUGGUCCUAAUUCCCGUGUGGGCGGUGUCUAUCCCAAGAUAUGCCUCAUCAAUCACAGCUGCAUCCCGAAUGCCCACAACAAUUGGAACGAAGAGGCUCAACACGAGACAAUCCAUGCUGUUAGGGAUAUUUCGGUCGGUGAGGAAAUCAUGAUAUCUUAUGAUAUGUCCUUACCCUCGGAUGCUCGUUGGGUGAAGCUGAAAGCCUCGUUCGGAUUCCAGUGCCCAUGCCACGAUUUAUUCCAGGUUCUCAAGAAGGAGUAUGGAGACGCGGCGACUGCGCUCCUGGCAAGGCUUUACUACGAUGCCUUCCAGAUCACCGCCGCCCAUGGAGACCAGGCUCGAGCAAGUGCAUUCGCCGAGAAAACGUACAUGGCACGGGUCGAAUGUGAGGGCGAAGACAGCCCACUAACUCAGAAGGUCAAAGACUUUAUGCAGAAUCCAACCAAACACAUCACUUUUGGUGCUUAUUCUAAUGAGUGGAAAAGCGCCAAGACCGGGGGACCGAAGAAGCUGGAUGCGGCAAGCUUUGAGAAGUGGCUGUGGAAAUUGUCGAACUAA